AUGUCGACCGAGAUGGAGACGUCCAUUGUUCGGGACCCGGCGAAUUCCGGCGUUAGCCAGAUGUGUGUUGAAAUUCAAGGGGAAGAAAUUUCUUCCGAGGAAUUCAACGACGAUGCAGACUGGUCGCACGUAGGCCGGCGUAUGAAGACCUUGGCCGGCCAGGGGACUGCCGCUCGCCAGUCAAGACCUACGACGAAGAACUUUGCCAGGAACGUGAAAGCUUCGGUGACGAGGGCAGCAAGGAUGCCGGACGCUCUACCGAGGGAGGAGACCAAGGUGAUAGUGCGGCCUCGGGGAGGCCUCGCGAGGACUCAGACCGCCACCGUGGCAUCAGCCAUCAUGACGGCGGCGAACGUAUCAAGGGAGGACGGAGCAGCGGACACCUUCUGCCCCAACUUGCAACAAAACAUCAUGGUGGUGAGUACCCCCGACGAUAUACGUGCUUCACGUUACGCCGAGAUAAAAUCGAUCUGCAUUGGUGGCAUGGAACACGUGGUUGGCGCAUAUCAAACCGCGCCAUAUGGCACCGUUAAAGGCAUUAUUAGAGGUAUCCCAAUAGAGGACUCCACGGCCGCGAUCGACCGGAACAUUGUUAACUCGAGAAAUCCCUUGGCACUUGGUGCGAAGAGGAUUGGUAGCUCGACCACAGUCAUCGUGGCUUUCAAGGGCCUGAAGGUCCCGAAUUACGUGUGCUAUGGUCCCGUUCUCACCAAGUGCAGCCUAUGUCGAAAACAAUUCGAUGUAUGUAAGCAGUGCGGAAAGGUGGGCCACCGCCGCGACGUUUGUCCAAACCCUCACGUGAGGGCUUGCUUUGCUUGCGGGACCGUUGACCCCAAGGAAGACCAUAGAUGUACCCCCACUUGCAGAUUGUGCGGAGGGCCACAUCUGACCGGUGACAAGGUUUGCAAGAAUAGGUUCAAGGUCCCAUACGUAGUUACAAGGAGACAAUGGGAGCGCAAGAUGGCCGAACAGCAAGCGCAGCAGCAACAACGAGCAUCUCUCAGAGCUGAGGAAUUUCCAUCGCUGAUGUCAGCAACCGCAACACCUGCCGGCCCAGCUGGUCGCCGAGCGUCACGUUCUGUCUCGAAGCGCAGGGCCAGCGAGAGUAGACAGCGUAGCCUUAGCUGUAAGCGAUCGCAGUCACGUGACCGCGUGAGCUGGGCCGAUGCAGCAAGGCACUGUGCCAAGAAAGCACAGGGGGGUGCCACCACCACCACCACCUCCAAUACCGCAACGACCACCGCAGCGACGAAGACCAUUAGCACCAGCAAGACCAUCGAUGGCAACAACAACAGCAAGACGAGGGAAGACGAGGCGAUGAGAACGUUGAAGGAAGCCAACGAGGCACUCAGGCGCAAAAACAACGAGCUCGAGACGAAAGUCAGUAGGCAAGAGGCCACUAUUAGCAAGAUGGCAAACGAGAUCGUGGAAAUCAAGAAGCUUCUGACGACCCGUUCCACCAAUAACGAAACGCCCCAAGCGGUAUCAUGUGAACCCACACCCAGCAUCAGCAGCGCUGUACCAUCAACAUCCGCUGAGAAGGAACCGGCUACCAAGAGACGAGCGAUCGAGAACCUGAAGGAGCGCAAGCUCAACGACCGGGUGGACAACCUGAAAGACAAGGUCGACCAAAUCGAGGAACACCUCGACGGGCUCGAAGAUUAUAUUAAGACAACGUUCAUCAAGAUGAUUAACGACAGCAAGAAGGCAGUCUUGCAGCAACACAUAACACAAGUAGCAGGCAAGCCCGAUAUAAUCACGAUACAAGAGACUCGCACUGAUGCAGUGUCGCUACCCGGUUAUCGGGUACACGUCAAGUCUCCGAAGGUCAGCGGCGGUAGAGGAAUAUGCACAUUGGUUCGCAAGGGACUCACCUUCAUUGAGGACGAGUUGCACAAUAGUAAAAUUGAAUACACUCUCAUCGAGGUCGUUACGGGCAAGAAACAAAAGAACAGCACCUUUCUGCUUAACGUCUACAGUAGCCCUUCACACUGGAAGCCAAAAUUCAAGACGCUCCUUCACAGAGCCAGCACCGUGGAGGGGACUCACAGGCUCGUCGCCUGCGGGGACUUCAACGCGGCACACCCGGCAUGGGGAUAUAACAAGCAAUUGGCCAAGGGGCGAGACCUGUUCCAAGACACAUUAGACCUGGGCUUCACCCUCAUCACAGACCCGACUGAUCCUACAAGGAUUGGGAACUCUGUGUCCAGGGGUACGACGCCGGACCUCACGUUCGUGAAGAACGACGAGAAGGGGAAUAUCUCCUGGUGCAACACGGGGUCAGAGCUCGGCAGCUACCACUACAUCGUAGAGGUCAUCAUACCGGAAGAGGUCAAGGCCUCGGAGGACACCAGAAAACACAAUUUUACGGAUUGGGAUGCCUUCCGUAGCCUGUUACCAACGGAGAUGGAGGAAAUCGACAACAUAGAAGAAUGGUCAGCCCACAUCGCGGGGAAGGCCAAGGAGGCGACCAAAAUCAUAGAAACGGAUGAGCAGGUCGACAAGGUUGACAGCCACCUCGCGCAUUUAUUCGAAGCAAAGCAAUCUAUCCUAAACAGAUGGAAGAAGCAACGACUAAAUCGGCGCCUAAGGAAGAAGGUGGCGGGGCUGAAUCGCGUCAUCGAAGUUCAUUGUCGGCUGCUCUGCACGCAACAGUGGAACGAAAUCUGUAAUGCUGCGGACGGGCAGAUGCAUUGCGGCAAAACCUGGAACUUGAUGCGGCAUCUGCUCGACGAGACUAAAACAAAAUCCCACCAACGCGACCGCCUCGCAAAGAUCAUUCACAGAGCAGUCAAAGAAAACGGGGAAACUGAAGUAAUCAGACGCAUAAACAGCAAGUACCUUCCGGUUACACCCACGGAAAGGCAUCCCGAGUACGGCGGUCAAGCCAACGAGAAGCUUGACCGUGACAUCAGCGUCGAGGAGGUGCGAGCGGCCCUGCACGAACUAAACAGCAAGUCGGCGGCCGGCCCCGAUCACAUCUCGAACAGAGCGCUCAAGAACCUCAGCGAUGUGGCCAUCGAAAACCUCACCGGUUACUACAACAAGUGCUGGAGUACGGGGUCACUGCCCCAGCAGUGGAAGACUGCCAAGACCAUCCUCAUCCCCAAACCAGGCAAGCCGCCGAACACGGACAACCUCCGGCCCAUCUCGUUAACGUCCUGCGUGGGCAAGGUGUUGGAGCACGUCCUCAUGUGUAGGUGGCAGGACUACCUGGAGGAGUCGGGACUAUACCCCACCACGAUCAUCGGGUUUCGGCGUUCCCUCGGCACCCAAGACGCGAUGAUUCUGUUGAAGAAAGAUAUCAUUGACGAUGACACCCCAACGAAAGACAACAAGGCUAUUCUGGGGCUGGAUCUGCAGAGCGCCUUCAACAAGGCGAAGCACUCUGCGAUCCUAGCCCAGGUGUCCAGACUCAACAUGGGCGCAAGAACGUACAAUUACAUCAAGGACUUUCUGACGGGGCGGACUACCGAGCUCUGCGCCGGCGAUCUACGGCUCCAAGAGAAGAGGCUCGGCAGUGUCGGGACCCCCCAGGGCUCGGUCAUCUCGCCGUUGUUAUUCAACCUCGUUAUGAUCGGGGUGGCCAAGCGACUCUCUCGCGUCGAGGGCGUCCGGCACACCAUCUACGCCGAUGACAUCACGCUGUGGGUUCCGGGAGGCAGCGAUGGUCACAUUGAGAGCACGCUGCAAGAAGCCGUCGACGCGAUCGAAGACCAGCUGAACGGUUCCGGUUUGAUCUGCUCACUGAGCAAGUCAGAACUGCUGGUGUUACCACCGAAGUACGUCAGACGUAACAAGAGCGAAGCGAGGGAUUACGAGGCCAUCAAGAUCGUGACGAGGAACGGCCACGUGAUCCCGGAGGUCGACAAAAUCCGGGUGCUCGGCAUGAUUAUAGACAAGCGACGGGGCGACAGCGCGACUAUUUCCCGCCUUACAGCCAAGAUUACCAACGCAAUACGUCUCAUCAGACGGGUCGCCAACUGCAAGGCCGGGAUGAAGGAGGAAAGCUUGAUUCGUCUUGUGCACUCCUUCGUAAUCAGCCACGUCACCUACGUUGCCGCCUUCCACAACUGGAUGCAAUGUGAAAGGAAUAAAACCAACGCCCUGAUACGCCGAGCUUACAAGGCGGCGCUCGGACUAUUCGAGUGUACGAACACCAACAAGCUCCUGAGCCUGGGGGUACACAAUACCCUCGAGGAAAUUGCGCAAGCGCAACCGACCGCCCAGCUUGAGCGGCUCUCUAUGACCGAAGCCGGCAGGCGCAUACUUCAAUACUUGGGCUUCACGCCCGGAGCGAAAACGGCGAGUAGCGACAUUUCUGUCCCGGACGGAACCCGGCGCCGGAUUCUGGUGGACCUCAUCCCGAGAAACAUGAACCCGGAGUAUAACAAGAAGAGAAGAGCGGCGAGGGCCAAGGCCCUCAUCGACUUUCACGCCAAGGACGAGCACGCAAGGUUCGUGGAUGCGGCAGAAUACCAGGGAGACUGCGCGGCGUUCGUAGCUACCGUCAUCGAGGCGUCGUCCGGCGCGACGAGGGUAGCGGCGAGCUUACGGGUCCGCGAGGCGUGUCAGGCGGAGGAGGUGGCCAUUGCCCUGCCCAUUGCCGACCCCGGGUGCCAGACGGUGUUGUGCGAUUCGCGAAGUGCAGUGCGGAAUUAUGCAAAGGGCAAAGUGUGUGGUGAGGCUGUGCGCGUUCUGUGCUCGGCUGACCUGCAACGAGAGAAUCGGUAUGCUAGAAUCAAGUGGUUCCCGGCGCACGCGGGCAACGAUGCGUCCGAGAAGCACGAUAACCACAACGAGACGGCACACGCAGUGGCGCGAGCGCUAACCAACCGCGCCGCUGCAACCGACCGUCCAACGUGGUGUAGUGCCAAGGACCGCAUGACGACGUUCAACGAACUUACACAGUUCCACCGCCUGGCUCGAAGGACUUUCCCACCCCCGCACCCGGGGCUAAGCCGAGCGGAGGCGCUGCUGUUCAGACAAUUGCAAACUGGUUCUUUACCCACCCCAGUGUUAAUGACUCAUCUAUACCCGAAAUUAUAUGUGAGUGAUGUGUGCCGCGUGUGCCAGCGGGAGAGGGCCACCCUGACGAACAGCCUAUGGGAUUGCACCAAGUUUCCCGAUGAAGCUUCGACAAGUACAACGAUUCCGCCGCGACUCGCGGCUGCGGCGGAAUGCUACGACCACGAAAGCCAAACCUGGGCCGUCCAGCAGGUCUCGGCGGCUCUUGAAAGACAAAGGCCGAGCGAAACCGACGGAACGUUGCCCCUCAGGGCGACCGACCGCGGGAGUAACACGCGCUGGAGUUGAGUAGAGACCACCCGCUGAGAAGACGUCAGGACCCGCGUCACGGCGCCAUUUAGUCAUGGUGUCGUUCUGCAGGCGACUACAUGAAGUUGUUUCUCUCUCUCUCUCUUCCCUUCUAACCCACUGCCGCCCGAUUCAUGGCCGAUACCCCGUAGUGGGUUGAGCCAUAUCCAUAGGCACCAAACCUAACGAAACCGAAACGAUGUAGCAUGUUUUAUUAGAAUGUUCCCAGUGGUGCCCAGUGGUCAAUUUAGUCACCUCUGGUAUUCUUGAAACUCUUGGGUUCAGCAAGAGCAGGGGGAAAGUAAACAUGUCCACAAUAGAGAUUGGUUAGAGGCGACUGGAAGGUUCGUGGAAGAAAAGUAGGCAGGCGACAAACAGUGGAGGCUUACAAAACUAAGUUUCGUUUCCAGUAGGGGUUCAGAAAGUUUGGUGAUGGAAAUUUUUCGUGUUUCUUUUUUCACUUUUUCUUUUUUUUAACAUAAGUAGGAUACUAGCCAAUAUAAUAAGAACUUGGUGGCGCACCCGACAGCCCCGUUCCAAAGGGGACUCUCAUAGCCUCGAUCCAUCCAUCCAUCCAUCCAUCCAUCCAUCCAUCCAUCCAUCCAUCCAUCCAUCCAUCCAUCCAUCCAUCCAUCCAUCCAUCCAUCCAUCCAUCCAUCCAUCCGUCCGUCCGUCCGUCCGUCCGUCCGUCCGUCCGUCCGAAGCGCGAAAGUGGAAUCCCGCUGAUGUACACGCCUCAUAACUCGUUUCAAUGGUGGCAAUACCUUGUGUCGCUAUAUUGAUUCAAUGCUCACGCAUUACCGUCGACAGUCAUCGUCAGAUGGGUUCUGGCGCAAUUUUUUCCUUACCCCUGACUUAUUUGCAUUUCUAUGUGAAAAAAAAAAGAGUAGCCGGCGCCAUCUCCUAGACGUCAUAUCCUCGAAAAAUAUAUCCCUGCGUUCUAAAAAAAUAAAAAGGUCCCGCUUACUGCUGCUGCUCCAGUAUGAUGACAGCGCUCCGCGUUUCGACGUUUGCGUGCCGCCACUGACA